AGAGAGAAGUAGGUGGGUCCAGCAUAUACGGACGUGGGGGAGGGGCGGUCGCUCGGAGUAGAGUAUUAUCGAUAUUUUCAACUCAAGACAAAUAUAUUAUGGAAAUAUAUUGAACUAUAGAUUUAAUAAAACUAACUUGGUGUUAUAAACAUUAUUAUAUUUAUCCACAAAUUUAAUUAAAUUUGAAGUAGUUUAACUUUGACCAAAGUUAAAAUUAACGACUUUUAAUUUGAAACGGAUUGAGUAGCUAGUUAAACAAAAGGAAAUAGUGAAGAGAAGACGAAAUGGUUGAGAAAAUUAGAGAGGAAUGUCAAGGAGAGACGACGACGCUUCUCCUUUGUCCCCCCGAUUCUCAAGCACCCCAUGCAACGCAACCCGCCGGCGAGUUGAGGCCCCACGACCACCGGCCAGGCGUGGCCCCACAUGUCAUCCUCACACCCGGACGCGCCCCCGCCUCGCCGGGAUCACCCCACGCUCCCGGGAGCUCUGCGCAUGGCGCGCCACGUCACCCACCAACACAAAGCCUAAACCCGCGCCCUCCCGCACUUUACUCGUCCUUGUCCGAUCAAUGGCGGGGCUUGGCCGGAGCUCGCGCGGCGCCUCCGGGAAGCGCGGCGCCGCGUCCUCCUCCUCCUCCUCGUCGGUGUCCUCCUCCUCCGCCGCCGCCUCCGCGUGCGUCUACUACGCCACCACGGCCGUGCUCGUCACGCUCUGCGUCGCCGGCGCCUACUUCCUCACGUCCGCCUCGUCGGCGUCGCUUGCGGGCUCUGUCGUCGAUGGCGACGGCGGCGGCGGCGGCGGCGGCGGCGGCACCGUCACGACGACGUACCGGCACACCACGCGCUCGUCGUUCGCGUACGAGGUCAGUAGGCCCGAGAGGAAGGCGCCCCCGGCGCCGCCGCGCGAUGUCGAGCGGGUCGAUGACGCGGCGGCGGCGCGGGGGAGAAUCGCUGACGAGGAGGGCGCCGAGGAGGAGCACGGCGAUGGCGACGACGACCCGCGUGGGAAGCCCGAUCUUGAUGACCAUGGCGCCGACGAGGAGGAGACCAAGAGCGCCGUCGCGGCCAUGGACGACGCCCAGCGACGCGAGGAGGAUGGCAGCGUGUCAUCCAGCGAGGCCAACGCCGAAGAGGAGGAGGCGGCGGCGACGACUGGAGCGCGCCGCGUCCGCGUCGGGGAGGACGAGGAAGAAGCCGCGCGAGAAGAGAGCCAAGAGCUGCACCUGCAGAUGCCGCUAGGAGAGUCUCGCCCUCGCGCCGCCGCCGCCGUGGAGGAGAAGAGCUUGGACGGCGGCGUCGAGGAGGAGAGCAACGCCGGGCAGCGGCAGCGCGAGGAGGAGCAGAUCGAUCAUGGCGUCGACGGCGGCGCGAGCUUGCGCCGUGAAGCGCAGGAGGAAGGGCAGAUCGGUGAAGGGUACGUGAUGGCGGAUCACGGCGAAGGCGAGGAGAUGCUGCUCGAGCAGCAGCAGCAGCAACCGGAGGAGGAGCGUGGCGGCGAUGCAGAGGCGGCGCGCACGUCGGAGUCCGACGCCGGCGGCGAGGUCGACCCGGAGGACAAGCCAACCGUGUCAGAGCGGACGGAGGAGAUGGUCGACACGCUCCCCGGCGAGGAAGACCGCGCGGAGGUGUCCGCCACCGGCGUCGACGAGCAGAACGCGUGGGCGACGCAAGCCGAUCACUCCCACCAGGAGAAAGACCGGCGCGACGAGGCGGCUGGCGUCGACGACAACAUCGCCGACGCCACCGCCGGCGGCGGCGGCGGCGGCGAGGAGCCGGAGUGGCGGCUGUGCAACGUGAAGGCCGGGCCGGACUACAUCCCAUGCCUGGACAACGACAAGGCCAUCAAGAAGCUGCGGCCGGAGAACUACCGGCGGUACGAGCACCGCGAGCGGCAUUGCCCCGACGAGGGCCCGACGUGCCUCGUCCCCCUCCCCGCCGGCUACCGCCGCCCCAUCGAGUGGCCCAAGAGCCGAGACAGGGUUUGGUACAGCAAUGUGCCGCACACGAAGCUGGUGGAGGUGAAGGGGCACCAGAACUGGGUGAAGGUGAGCGGGCAGUAUCUGACGUUCCCCGGCGGCGGGACGCAGUUCAUCCAUGGCGCGCUGCACUACAUCGACUUCCUGCAGCAGUCGGCGCGGGGGAUCGCUUGGGGGAAGCGGACGCGGGUGGUGCUCGACGUCGGCUGCGGCGUGGCGAGCUUCGGCGGCUACCUGUUCGACCGCGACGUGGUGGCCAUGUCGUUCGCGCCCAAGGACGAGCACGAGGCGCAGGUGCAGAUGGCGCUGGAGCGCGGCAUCCCGGCCAUCUCCGCCGUCAUGGGGUCCAAGCGCCUCCCCUUCCCCAGCAAGGUGUUCGACCUCGUCCACUGCGCGCGGUGCCGCGUCCCGUGGCACGCCGACGGCGGCGCCCUCCUCCUCGAGCUCAACCGCGUCCUCCGACCCGGCGGCUUCUUCGUCUGGUCGGCGACGCCCGUGUACCAGAAGCUCACCGAGGACGUCCAGAUCUGGAAGGCCAUGACCGCGCUCACCAAGUCCAUGUGCUGGGAGCUCGUCGCCAUCAAGAAGGACCGCCUCAACGGCAUCGGCGCCGCCUUCUACCGCAAGCCGACCUCCAACGAGUGCUACGAGACGCGGCGGCGGCAGCAGCCUCCGAUGUGCAGCGACGACGACGACGCCGACGUCGCGUGGUACAUCCGCCUCAACGCCUGCAUGCACCGCGUCCCCGUCGCCCCGUCCGACCGCGGCGUCGCGUGGCCGGCGGAGUGGCCGCGGCGGCUGCGCGCGCCGCCGCACUGGCUCAACGCCUCCCGCGCCGGCGUGUACGGCAAGCCGGCGCCGGAGGACUUCGCCGUGGACUACGACCACUGGCGCCGCGUCGUCGACAGGUCGUACCUCAACGGCCUCGGCAUCGACUGGUCCAGGGUCAGGAACGUCAUGGACAUGAGAGCCACCUACGGAGGGUUCGCGGCGGCCAUGAGAGACCACAAGAUCUGGGUGAUGAACGUCGUCAAUGUCGACGCGGCGGACACGCUGCCGAUCAUCUUCGAGCGAGGGCUGAUCGGGAUGUACCAUGACUGGUGCGAGUCAUUCAGCACCUACCCGAGGACAUACGACCUCCUGCACGCCGACCGCCUCUUCUCCAAGAUCAAGGAGAGGUCAGCCGCCAUUGAUGCUCCCUUCGAUCGAUCUUCUCCUAUCUUUGCUUUCGCCUUCGCCAUGGCCGGCGAUCGAUCGAGAAAUGUUUUUUGGUAUCUUUGUGUUCAGGUGCGCCGUGCUGCCGGUGGUGGUGGAGGUGGACAGGAUCGUGAGGCCGGGGGGCAGCAUCGUCGUGCGCGACGACUCCGGCGCCGUCGGCGAGGUGGAGAGGCUGCUGAGGUCGCUCCACUGGGACGUGCGGCUCACCUUCUCCAAGAACGGCGAGGCGCUGCUCUACGCCGAGAAGUCGGAUUGGCGGCCGGAGUUGCUCGCCGACCCGUUGUGAUGAUCUCCAGCGACCGGCGCGCGGCGUGGCCAUCUCAUCUCAGGAUGGCAAAGCAGCACUCCCCAACACAAGAUUAGAUAGAACUCUUCUCCUCUUUUCUUUUCUUCUUUUUUUUUGUCUUUUUUUUGUCUGCUUCUUUGAUUGGUAGCACUUGACAUAGUUCUGUAGUGGUUAUUAUCCUACAAACACAAAUAAUGCAGCCAUCAGCAACAACAAUGGUAGUAUAUGCAUGGUUUUGUCACUGUUCUAGUAUAGUAUGUGUACCUUCUGAGCACUAACACAAAAGUACAGAACUGAGAUGUCUGAUGGCUUGGGCUC